CUCCGCCCACCACACCCCCCUCCUCAUUCCUCCCCUCUCUCUCCUCACAAUGGCCUCAGUAGCCAGGUCUCUGGGCCGUUCGGCCUUCUCCCUGGCCCGGAGAGGUCCCAUCGCCAACCACUCCUUCCGCUCCUUCUCCGCAACGCCGCUCUCCCGCAUGCCCGAAGAUCCGGUCAUCCCUGAGGCUCGCCCACGGCGCCUGGAGGAUUACCCCAACCUGCCCGAGUACUCGCCCGAGAACCUGACCCCGGAGCAGCGGUCCCUGUACGACAUGAUGUCCCCGGAAGAUCGCGCGGCUUUCGACAAGGUGAACAAGAGCAUGAUCGCCGAAUUCAACGACCCGGAAAAACGCAAGGCCCGCAUGGCGGAGGUCGACCAGAGAAUCGCCGCGAUUGACAAGCAAGUCGAACCCUUUCGCUUUCUGGAUGUAGGAUUCCCGCCCAAGGGAUUCUGGGCGGAGGAGGAGCCCGACGAGUUUGGUAUUACCGAGGAUAUGGACGACGAAUUCAACGACGACGACAUAACGACCAUGGCCUAUGCCGAGCUGGAAGAGCACCGUGAGAUCAGAGAAUACGCGCGGAUCGCCGCCUGGGAUAUGCCGUCAUUGAGCAAACUCGCCAAACCCUUCACCCUGCCCCCCGAAACCCACAUCCUCCGCUUCCGGUACACGACCUACCUGGGAGAAGAGCACCCGGCGCAGCACAAGGUGGUGGUCGAGCUGGCCUCCAAGGAUUUGACCCCCAAGCACCUGACCGAGGCCCAGCGCCAGACCUUCCUCAAGCUCGUGGGCGUGCGCUACAACCCGGACACCGACAUCGUGCGUAUGUCGUGUGAGAAGUUCCAGCACCGCGCCCAGAACAAGCGCUACCUGGGCGACCUGAUCCAGACCUUGAUCAAGGAGGCCAAGGAAGGCGACAGCUUCGCCGACGUCCCGCUCGACCUCCGCCACCACAAGCCCAAGACCCGCCUCCGCUUCCCCGACGAGUGGGCCAUGACCCCCGAGCGCCGCCGCGAGCUCGACGCCCACCGCGCCGCCCAGAAGGCCCGCAAGCUGGAGCAACUACCCGACGGCGUCGUCGAUGGGAACCAGAUCAUUUCCGAGGCCAUCAAGAUCCUGCCCGCGCUGAGCUCCGCCCCCAUGGCCAGGCUCCCCGGCAAGGAGGACCAGAAGGGCGGGAAGGUCGGUGUCAAGGUCGGGGCGAGAACCCCGCAGCGCAGAAUGCGCUGAGGGCGUAGGAGAUUGUGCGCAGAGGCUCCCUUCCCUCCCGCGCCCACAUGAGAUUCUGAUGAUUAAUGCACACGCGCGCGCGUGUGUGCGGGUGUGACGAUGGAUAAUCCCGUCUUGGGGAAUCAUUUGCCGGGGGCUCAGGGACUUUUGUCUAUAUAUGUGUGUAUGAUGUGUCUGGUCUUGGAGCUCUUUUUCUUCUGGUUUUCUUUCUUUCUUCUGGUUCUGUCUCCUAUUUUGCCUUCGAAUUUCCCGGAAAUCUCUGUAAGCUCAGAUCAAAACAGGGUGGCGCAAAUUGCUCUUUUCUGCAGGGUUGUACUAGAUUACUCAUAUCAAUGUAUCAUACUUCAUUCCAUCUUCACAGAUUUGGCACCGGGGGGCGGGGGUUAUUGGUUGUGUUCCCGUCAAGCGAUAAGGAAGAGAGGAUCCUCACGCAUUACCAGAGUACAAAGGUGCUUACACCAUCCAAAAAUAUUC